AUGCAGCACCAUCGCAUGCAGCCACAGCCGCAGCAGCAGCAGCAGCAGCAGCAGCAGCAGCAGCAGCAGCAGCAGCAGCAGCAGCAGCAGCAGCAGCAGCAGCAGCAGCAGCAGCAGCAGCAGCAGCAGCAGCAGCAGCAGCAGCAGCAGCAGCAGCAGCAGCAGUGGUGUGUCGCAUGCAGCAGGCAGAUAGGAGGGACAGCUGCUGCAGCUGGGUACAGAAGCGGCAAAGGAAGGUCAGAGGCAGCAGCAGUCUGUGUGGAAGCGGAUUUGGGCGGGCAAGCGGCUGCAGGUGCAGCUUGCUCAGAGCGGAUUUGGGCUGGCAAGCAGCUGCAGGUGCAGCUGUGUGUGUGCUGUGGGCGCAAAGGAGAAGUGGUGCUGCGGGCGCAAGGGAGAAGUGGUGCUUUGGGCGCAAAGGAGAAGUGGUGCUGCGGGCGCAAGGGAGAAGGGGUGCCGUCGGCGCAAGGGAGAAGUGGUGCUGUGGGCGCAAGGGAGAAGCGGUGCUGUCGGCGCAAGGGAGAAGGGGUGCUGUGGGCGCAAGGGAGAAGGGGUGCUGCGGCGGAGAGUACAAAGGCAGGGCUGGCAGGAGCAGUGGCAGGCACUGCAGCUGGGAUGUAG